CGCCCAGUGUGGCCCAGGCGUGCGCUGCUCCUGGGGUUACCGAGUGGGGGGGGGCCCGGUACUGCUGCGUGUGGACGCGCUUGGGUCCCGCCCCCCAGGGUGCCCCAAAGGGACCCCCUCCGGGCCAUGGGGACCGCACUCGUGUACCACGAGGACAUGACAGCGACCCGCCUCCUCUGGGACGACCCCGCAUGCGAGAUCGAGGGUCCUGAGCGCCUGACCUCGGCCCUGGAGCGCCUGCAGCAGCACGGCCUGGAGCAGCGGUGCCUGCGGCUGGCAGCCCGAGAGGCUUCAGAGGCAGAGCUGGGCCUGGUGCACAGCCCAGAGUACGUGGCCCUGUUGCGGGGCACCCAGGCCUUGGGCACCAGGGAACUCCAGGAGCUGUCCAGACAAUACGAUGCCGUCUACUUCCAUCCGAGUACCUUCCACUCUGCCCGGCUGGCCGCGGGGGCUGCACUGCAGCUUGUGGAUGCCGUGCUGACUGGGACUGUGCGCAACGGGCUUGCGCUCGUGAGGCCUCCUGGGCACCACAGCCAGAGGGCCGCCGCCAAUGGAUUCUGUGUGUUCAACAAUGUGGCGAUAGCAGCCAAACAUGCCCAGCAGAAACACGGGCUGCACAGGAUCCUCAUUGUCGACUGGGAUAUCCACCAUGGCCAGGGCAUCCAGUAUAUCUUUGAGGAUGACCCCAGCGUGCUUUACUUCUCCUGGCACCGUUAUGAGCAUGGGCGCUUCUGGCCCUGUCUGCAAGAGUCAGAUGUGGAUGCUGUUGGGCAGGGGCGGGGCCGCGGUUUCACUGUCAACCUGCCCUGGAACCAGGUCGGGAUGGGAAAUGCUGACUACGUGGCUGCCUUCCUGCACGUGCUGCUCCCUCUGGCUUUUGAGUUUGACCCUGAGCUGGUGCUAGUCUCGGCAGGAUUUGACUCAGCAAUUGGGGAUCCCGAGGGGCAGAUGCAGGCCACACCAGAGUGCUUCGCACACCUCACACAGCUGCUGCAGGUGCUGGCUGGCGGCCGGGUCUGUGCCGUGCUGGAGGGCGGCUAUCACCUGGAGUCACUCUCCCAGUCUGUGUGCAUGGUGGUGCGGGCGCUGCUGGGCGACCCCGCCCCUCCCCUGUCGGGACCAAUGGUGCUGCAUUACAGUGCCCUGGAGUCCAUCCAGCGUGUCCGGGCAGCCCAGGCCCAUCACUGGGUGAGCCUCCAGCAGCAAGGCUUGGCCUCCACGCUGCAUCCCAGCACAAGCUGCCCAGAGGAGAGGGCCUUGCCCCUGCUGCCCGGGGGGCCUGAGUUCAAGGCGGCAGAGGCCCAGGCCUCAGCUGCUCUGAGCUCCCUCCUGGACCAGCUGUGCCUCCAGCCCACGCCCCCUGUCCGAACAGCUGUUGCCCUGAAUGAGAUGGACGCGGCCCUGGGCCUGCCCCCUGAUGUCCUCCAUCAGGUGGGGUCAGCCCCACAGGAGGAGGCACAGGCCUGGGCCAGGCUGCAUGACGUCCUGGUACAGGAUGAGGCCUUUACUGCACUUGGGAAGGUCCUGUAUCUCUUGGAUGGGAUCCUGGAUGGGCAGGUGAGCAGCGGCAUUGCAGCCACUCCAGCCCCUGCUGUAGCUACCACCCUGGACGUGGCCAUUCGGUACAGCCUGUCCCACAGAGCCCGGAGGUUGCUCUGCGUGGCUGUGGGACAGCUGGACCUGUCCCCAGACCUGGCCAAUGAUGGGAGGAGUCUGUGGCUGAACAUCGGGGGCAAGGAGGUGGCUGCCCUGUCCACGUCCCAUGUCUCCAUGCCAUUGCCAGAGACGACCGGUGGGUUCCUGAGCUGCAUCCUAGCCCUGGUGCUGCCCAUAGCCUAUAGUUUCCAGCCUGACCUCGUACUGGUGGCAGUGGGGCCUGCCCAUGGCCUGCAGGACCCCCAAGCUGCACUCCUAGCUGCACUGCUACGGGGGCCUGCAGGGGGCCGAGUCUUGGCCCUUGUGGACCAGGAAUCCACAACCCAGCUUGCAGGGGUCCUGGCCCAGGUGUUGCAUGGAGAGGCACCGCCUAGCCUGGGCCCCUUCUCCGUGGCAUCCCCAGAGGACAUGCAGGCCCUGGUGCGCCUGAGAGGGCAGCUGGAGUCACAGUGGCAGAUGCUGCAGCGCCUCCUGGAGUGCAGUGACCUGGCGGCCUGAAAUUGGACACGGUGUGAGUGUUUACAUCCUGGAAAUGACACAACAGUCCUCAAAGCCGGUAACUUUGGCCAGCACACCGCUUCCUGAGGCUUCAGUUCUGAGGGCCAGGCUACAGGCGCCCAGGGCACUGACUCAGGGCCACGGGGUCCAGUGCAGCCACCCGCAGCCCCGCUUAGCGACCCGCCUCUAGGUGACGGCCCCCUGGC